AUGGAAUUGAAUUGUGCCACCGAAAUGUGUACAGGUUUAUCACUAGAGAAUCCAAUUCAAGUCAAGCUUUGCGUGAAAUUAUUAAAGUAUCAUACAUCUAAGGCGAUGAAAUAUUACGACAUCACUGACACUGAUGAAUACAUCCAAGUAGGAAAAACUACAGUCGAUUUGGAAGAUACAAUAUUUACUGGAACGAUGGAAAAAGAAGUGAAGGAAAAGGUGAUCAAUCUAAAGUCUGUCAAAUCCGUAGAUUCAGUGAAACUAUCCGAAGGGCUUUAUGCCGAAGGUUUCGUUUCUGAAAGCGAGGUUAUUUCAAUGAGAACACAAAGAAAGAUCAUUUCAAAACAAAACGUCUUUCUUGCGCUUUACAAACAUGACGAUGUGGCUGCACAAGCCUUACCACCUGGAGCAAACCGAAACAAUCCCAAUUCAAAAUCUCGAAUUACCAUCUCUCUUAGAGACACCAUCUUCAAACCACUGACUGAACUUAGAGACCAGAAACCUGCCAUUCAUCGUAACAGUAGUUAUAAACAUGCUAUGUUUUACUUUAUUGCAAAAGAAUUUUUAAACUUCAUACCUGAAUUUAAAAUAGCACGUCAUGCGCGUUUUUCUUUUGGUACAUGUUUCGGUACUCAUGCCACUGAUGACGGUCAGGGCGAAAUUAUCGAAGUCAUUUUGAAUGACCAAUCAGCUGUCGACAUUUCAGUAAAUAAUCCUAUUCUUAUUGGGCACGACAGAAAGUUUCACGUCACUCUCGCUGUCCCUCAGGAUAACAUCAUUUUGAAGGUCUAUCUUUCAAAAUUACCUUUCUUGCCAGUAGCCGAUCGGCACACCACGUUGGUCGACAAUUUUACUUGUUUCGGUAAUGUGAGAGACGUCACCAUUUAUUGUCGUGAAACGUCGAUGUCAUCGUUUCACUCAUCGGUGUUAUAA